UCAACCUUCACAUUGCCAGCGACAGUCCAGCACCUGCCCGAGAUGCCAUCGCUCACGAUUACACCAGCCAACCGCAGCAGCAACGUCGUGAUCAUGGACAAGACCGAGGCUGCGGCGCCCGGGAAGGCCGUCGACGAGUUCCGCAACUACAAGGACAGCGACCGCCAGGCCGUCGUCGAGCGCCACUACCGCCUCAUGCGGUCGCACCAGACCGUGGCCUUUCAUGACAAGAUGCAAGCGUACUGGGGUGCGUUUGACCGCGCGCAAAUGACGGUGUGGGAGGCCUUCGAGUCGCUCAAAGGUUACGUCGACUCGUCUGACCCCGACUCGUCGCUGCCCAACUUGGAGCACAUGCUGCAGACGGCCGAGGCCAUUCGCGCGGCGGGGCACCCCGACUGGUUCCAGCUCGUGGGCCUUCUCCAUGACAUGGGCAAGAUCCAGUAUCUUUGGGGUCAGCCCUGUGACGGCCAGCAGGGCACGGCCGAUGGCGACCAGUGGGCUCUCGGCGGCGACACGUGGGUCGUGGGAUGUGCGAUCCCCGACUCGACGGUGUUCCCGUACUUUAACGCGUUGAACCCAGACAUGCAGAACCCAAAGUUCAACACGCCGAAUGGCAUCUACGCGCCGGGCUGCGGCCUCGCGCACCUCAAAUUCGCAUGGGGCCACGACGAAUACAUGUACCAAAUGCUCGUCUUCAACAAGGCGGCGAUCCCGGAAGAAGGCCUCGCGAUGAUCCGGUACCACUCGUGCUAUCCAUGGCACAACAAGGGUGAGUACCAGCAAUUCAUGGCCGACGACGACUGGGACCUCCUCGAAUGGGUCCUCGAGUUCAACAAGUUUGACUUGUACACCAAGGCCGACAAGCGCCCGGACGUGACCGCGCUCUGGCCCUACUACCAGUCGCUCAUCGACAAGUACCUGCCAGGAAAGCUCUGGUGGUAGUUGAUGCCUGCGGGCUAAGUAUUUUAUGUGGCGUACCACA